CAAAGUAAAAAAUUACAAUCGGUAAAUUGAACUCUAUACACGCACAGCCGUGAGCCAUUAUGAAAAAGAAAAACAACGUCAAAAAUGGCGGCCAAGUCAAAGAAGCGGUUGUGUAGGAAUGAAAAUAAAUUAUUAAUAUUGGAAAAAUUGGAAAUUAGGGAUGUAAUAUGUUCGAUUUGUCAGUCAAUUCUUAUUGAACCUGUAACAUUACCAUGUUACCACGACUUUUGCCAACGUUGUUUUAAUGGUAGCAUCGAAAAUAAUGCUUUGUGUUGUCCACUUUGUCGUUUACGAAUUGGUUCCUGGGUCCGAACAGCUACAAAACAAAAAAAUUUGGUGAAUAUAAAAUUGUGGAAUUUUAUUCAAAACAAAUUCUCCCAAGAAGUCGACAAAAAAGUUAAAGGAGAAGAUAUCCAAGGCCUGUCACCAGAAAUAAAAUUACCUCGCUUGAGCAAGCCUGGAGAAAUAAGAUCUGAGUAUGAAGCAGAACUACAACGUUUGCGUGCCGAGAGGUUAAAACUUGAACAGAAACAAAUACAAGAGACAGUAGUAUUAAUAAAGAAACUUAAAGAGGAAGAGGAAGAAGCUCACAAAAAGUAUUUAGAGAGCCUAAAACAAGAUGAAAUGCUAGCAAAAAAAUUACAUGAAGAGCACCAACAGAAAUGUCAACAGAUAAAUGUAACACAACCUAAAACAAUAAAAAAGAAAAUUUCUAAAGCUUCAAGUAAUAGAUCCCGACUGAAAUCUUUGACAAUUGAUAGUUAUUUAUCUAAACUUAGGACUCCUGUAAAAAAUUCAUUACUAACGGAUGAUACAAGUACUGAUGAAUCAGUAUUAAAAGCACCUUCAUCAAAAUCAGCUACCAAGUCUUCACCUGAAGUUCACAAAUCCUCAAAUGAUUGUUCAGACAAGAGACCCAAACAUGUUUGGAAUAAAGAAAAUGGAAAAAGUUGCACUACAAAGAAAGAUGACCAUACAGAUAAAGAAAAAUGUAAUGAAAACCAUCCAGUCAAAACUAAAAAUGGCUUGCAGUCCCUACUUGUAUCACUACCCCUACCUGCUACAGGAAUACUCCAGCACAAGUCCAAUAUUGUAGACAAAAGGAAUUUAGAAACUGGUAGUGUUGACUCCAUGCAGCAAGAAUUGUGCUAUUUUAAACCCAUUGAAGGCACAACACCAACUAGCUUCGUGAACAAUAGAGGCCUGCCAUUACGCGUUCCCACUGUACGAGUAGAUAAACAUACAAAAAUACCUACAAAACAAAGUCCACCGAGCAGAGCUCAGUAUAUCGAGAGUCUUUGUCACCUGAGACAAUUUUCAUUGAAAAAUAAAUUACCUUCUGCAUUUGUAAUAGCUCUCAGUAUAUUGCAGGCAAAAAAGGUUUCAGAGAAAAAUUCGUCUAAUUUGAGGUCGAAGUUAAAAAGAUCUGUACCUGUAAGUCUGACUGCAGUUCAGUCCUUGUCAUUUAAAAGAGAAAAAAAUGUUUCUACAAGAAAUAAUCAUGAUUAUAUUAACAAACUUACUGAUAAUACCGAAACAUUUCUGAGACGUACUCGGUCUAUGGGAAGUAUUUCUAAAGUUGAAUAUGAAACAACACCAAAAAAGAAUAAUAACGAACGGAAGGUAUCUUCAGAGAGAAAAACGAGACUAAGAAGUGAGAGCAAAAAGUAUUCAAAGAAAGACACUUGUAGCUCUCCGAUUCGUGCUGAAUCAAUAAAUAACAAUAAGGUAAGUCUAGCUGUAAAGAAUUUAUCUAGUUCUUUGGAGGAUUGUGAUGUUAAACAUAUUUUACAAGAGCAGCUAAGAAUCGAAAAACUAAUACAACAAGAGAAGCGAGAUUAUGAGUUAGCGUGCAAAAUGGAUGCGGAGUGGAACGGGAGACGACAGCCCCGGCGUGCAGCUACAAAACGACAAGUUACUUUAAAUUAUGCUCUCCGGCCGGCAAAGAAAGUUAAAGUUUAGUUAGUUCCUUAUAAAAAGAACCAGCAAAAUUUAAUCAAUUGAAAGUGAUAUAAAUGUCGCCGUAAUAGUGUAAAAAUUUUUUCGGAUAUAAUGAAACUCGCGAAAUUGUAAAAUGUUGAAAAAUUGGUAUUCGUAACAUUUGCUUGCAAUUAAUCGCAAUAACAUUUUUAGGCUAUUCACAAGUUUGCGUUUGAGUACAAUCUCGCGGAAGUCGAGAGAUUACAAUCUGAAAUUUUAAUCUUACAGUGUUUACAAUGUUACGGUAACAUAAAUAUUUUUAAUGUCUUAAUCGUACAUUCCAUACUUCUUCUGUCCUCUAAACGCUCUUUAAAGGAAUAAAAUAGAUACGGUAUAUUGUAUAAUAAAUAUUCAAAAUUUGUUGCUUUUAAUUAUCAAUCAAUUAAUAGAUCGGAAUUGCUAGAAAAAUAAAAAUAAAUUCAAAGGUUUAAAACCUCUUUUCACAAGGAUCUAAUUGUGCCUAUGUGGGUACCUAAAAUUUUAAUUGAAUUUGUAUUUACCCCUGUUACAUCUUGUGUAAAAACAAAAUUACACAGAAUUUUGUUUUUACAUAAGAUGUAGAAUUAUGAAUAAUCUACUAUAAUUAAACCACAGACACUAAUUAUAAUAUUAGCUGGAUAACAAAAUAGUUCCUUCUUAGAUCAAUGUUAAGUGUAUUUUUUGAUCUAGGAGUUCCUUACAUAACUACAAAACCUGUGAUGAAUUUAUUUUACGUAAUAUAGCAAUUAUAAAAAAAAAACUUUGUACUUGCUUAUUAUAUUCCACCGAUAAAAGACUUUUUGUUAACUAUGUUUUAAUAAUGUAUGUAUAUUUAUAAUGAAAAUAACCUAGGCAUUAAAUUAUCAGUCAUUACUAUAUAGGAUUGAAACAAACAAUAUUCUCACCGACUAAAGAUUAAGAACGUAUGAUAAUGUAAAGAUGUAAGUUUUACCAAUAUAACACAAUAUUGUUAUGUAUAAUGUAUCUAUCCAAUACCAACUGAAUGUGAAAGCUUUUAAAAUUUAAAAACGUCGUAUUUAUGAUCAAACAAAAUUUGUAGUUUGAAAAAGACAUACAUAGUAAUUGUAAAAUUGUAUUAAAUAUUUACUCAACGCAUUCUAAUACGUUAUUUAUAAGCGACAUAAAAAGAAUGUGUAGUAUACGAUCCUCUUUUCAAGUACAAUAUUUUAUUUAAUCUUUCAUUAGUACUUAACCAAAUAUAUUGACGUGAUAAAAAUAAUACAGGCUAAAGAUGCAAUCUUUAAAAAUAUCUAUUGAACACAUAACUUUUGUCCAUACCAUUGUUAUUAUUUUUAUAAAUAAUGGGGAAGGAUCUCAUUUCUUAGAGAUUUUGAGGUGUAAAUAUGGAGUGUAAGUUUGUAAUUGUUUAAUCACAGCUUGAAUGCUGACAUAUCUCAGCAUUAAAAUGAUCUCCAUGAAAAAAUCUGGUCAAUUAACUUUUUAAUAUGUUUUGAACAUAAUUACUUAGUUUAUGCACUGUACCUGCAUAAUGUUUUGGUACAUUGUUCCCAAGUGGAAAUGAUCGUUAGUAAGGGUGAAACUGCAAUGUAUGAAAGAUUUGUGGCCAUUAUAAUAUUUUUAUAAAUGUUCGCUGUGAUAUACCACUAGUGGUGAUAAAAAUUAGUCCCUACGUAAUAAUUAGUCUGAUCAUUUGUUUUAUAACUUCAUUAUUCGUGGCCGAACUUUAGUUGUGAUUUUCAUACUCUAAAACAUUAAUAUGUAAAUAAAC